UCCACUUGCCGCUACUGUAGCUGCGGAAGCAGAGCAAAGCACCAGAGGAAGAAGAACAAGCGAAACCCUAACCGCAACCCGGGUUCCAGAAAUCAUGGUUUGCAUCAGAAAGGCCACCAUCGACGACCUUCUCGCGAUGCAGGCCUGCAACCUUCUUUGCCUCCCUGAGAAUUACCAGAUGAAGUAUUACUUCUAUCACAUCCUUUCCUGGCCUCAGCUCCUCUACGUCGCCGAAGACUACGGCGGCCGCAUCGUCGGCUACGUUCUGGCCAAGAUGGAGGAGGAGAGCACCGAGUGCCAUGGCCACAUCACCUCUCUUGCCGUUCUUCGUACUCACCGCAAGCUUGGCCUCGCCACCAAGCUCAUGACCGCUGCCCAGAACGCCAUGGAGCAGGUCUUCGGUGCCGAGUACGUGUCGCUUCAUGUCCGCAAGAGCAAUCGUGCUGCGUUCAAUUUGUAUACCGAGACGCUUGGGUAUAAGAUUCAUGACGUUGAGGCCAAGUACUAUGCUGACGGAGAGGAUGCUUACGAUAUGAGGAAGCAGCUCAAGGGAAAGCAGAAUCAACACCAUCAUCAUCAUCAUCAUCAUCAUCAUCAUCAUCACCAUCAUGGGGGCUGUUGCUCGGGCGAGGCUAAGAGUGAGGAGGCAAAAGCUAAUACAGCUGGAUGAUGGCGGAGGUAAUUAGGAUUUGGAGAACUGGGGUUUGGGGCAUUUAUGAUUUUGAAAAUGCUAAUGAGGUAAUAUCUUGUAUUUUAGUAUUCUAUGGAUAAAUCUACUUCAGAAGAUUGCCAAUUAUCUUGGUUUUAUUAUUUAACAUCGAAGUAGUAAUUCAAAUGGGCAUGCUAUGUAAUGCAAACUGGGUAUUCUGGUGAACAAUUCUUUUGAGAAUCCAUGUCAUUGCAUUUUCUCGGUAAUGCUAUUUAUGUAUUUUGUCAAUUUGUUCUUUACUAUUGACAUUUUCUUCAUAUUUCUGAACCUUGACUGAAAUUGUAAGUGGAGAGUAGUUAUAGAGGCAGCAAUUUUAUAUUACAUGGAGAAAUCCUUCCAUCA